CUGUGGGAGAGCGUACGGAGAUCUGCUCAGGGAUAUUCUCGCCCACGGUGGAUCUCAGCCGUUGGUGAACGGACUGAGGCCUGGCGGGGCUUGUGGGCUCGCGAGUUGGUGCCGGCGAAAGGAGGUGGCUACUCGACCGGUUGNCGCGUCUCCGACAAAUCUCGGCGCGUUGCUGUGGCGGGGCGCUUCACGGUGGAUGCUAGUCGAAAGAGAGGAGGGCAACACUGGUACUGCAAUUCGUCUGAUGCGUGCGACGGGCGGACAUCGGCGGUAGGAAGGCUUCUCGCGGUGGUGGACGGACGUCAGCGGCCUUCUCGCGGCGGCGUGCUUCUCCUCGGCUGGGCCGUUCGACUGCGCGCGAUGGGCCGUUGCGAGACGCCGACGGUUGCUGAUGGAUGGCAGCGGCUAAGGGUUCGCCGGCGAGGAGGGAUUUUCGGGAGAAAAUCGAGGGAGGGGAGGCGAUUUUUCGAUCUGAUUUUGGCCUAA